ACUCUGGGGACACCACACCUGGUACUUCUGACUCUGUUUAACUGGCUUGUGUUUUCGUACGUGUGGUCAUAUUUGGUGCGUCGGCCAGAUGGAGGACUACCACAAACCAGAUGGGCAGACUGUGCAGGCGCUCAGGAACAUCGCCACCCGGCUCCGAAUCAACUCCAUCAAGGCGACAACUGCAGCGGGAAGCGGUCAUCCCACAUCAUGUUGCAGUGUGGCAGAGAUCAUGUCUGUGCUGUUCUUCCAUACCAUGAAGUACCGACCUGUAGACCCCCGUAACCCCAAUAACGACCGCUUCAUCCUCUCCAAGGGUCACGCAGCUCCUGUGCUGUACGCUGUGUGGGCAGAGACAGGCUACCUGAAGGAGAACGAGCUCCUCAACCUCCGCAAGGUUGACUCCAUCCUGGAAGGCCAUCCUGUGCCGAAGCAGCAGUUUGUGGAUGUGGCUACUGGAUCGCUGGGUCAGGGACUGGGAGCUGCCUGUGGAAUGGCCUACACUGGAAAGUACUUUGACAAGGCCAGCUAUCGGGUGUACUGCCUGCUCGGGGAUGGAGAGUUGUCUGAGGGCUCGGUGUGGGAGGCCAUGGCUUUCGCCUCACACUACCAGCUAGACAAUCUGGUGGCCAUCUUGGACAUCAACCGCCUAGGUCAGAGCGACCCGACUCCACUGCAGCACCAUGUGGAGAAGUACCAGCAACGUUGUGAAGCCUUCGGCUGGCAUGCCAUUAUUGCGGAUGGCCACAAUGUGGAGGAGCUGUGUAAGGUGCUGAGUCAGCCUUGCCACCAGCCACUUGCCAUCAUCGCCAAGACCAUUAAGGGCAAGGGCAUCCCAGCGGCUGAGGAUAAGAUGGGCUGGCACGGUAAACCUCUGCCCAAAGACAUGGCUGAGAGUGUGAUCAAGGAGCUGCAGAGACGCAUCGUCAGCUGCAACAAGCGUCUCUAUCCUGCUCUGCCCAUUGAAGACGCAUCACCUGUCAGCCUCCGCAACAUCCGCAUGCCAAGUGCACCCAGCUACAAUCCUGGAGACAAGGUUGCUACGAGGAAGGCGUACGGCAUGGCUUUGGCCAAGCUGGGCCGUUACAAUGAGCGCGUUGUGGCUCUGGAUGGAGACACCAAGAACUCCACAUUCUCUGAGCGCUUUAAAAACGAACACCCAGAUCGCUACGUGGAGUGUUACAUUGCAGAGCAGAAUAUGUUGAGUGUGGCAGUAGGUUGUGCCGUGCGGGACCGUAACGUGGUGUUUGCCAGCACCUUCGCCACAUUCUUCACCCGGGCCUAUGACCAGCUCCGCAUGGCUGCCAUCUCUGAGAGCAACAUUAACCUCUGCGGCUCCCACUGUGGUGUCUCUAUUGGCGAGGACGGGCCAUCUCAGAUGGGUCUGGAGGAUCUGGCUAUGUUCAGAGCUGUUCCCACAGCAACUGUCUUCUACCCAAGUGACGGUGUCGCCACUGAGAAGGCUGUGGAACUUGCUGCCAACACAAAGGGUAUUUGUUACAUCCGAACGAGCCGCCCAGAGAACAGUAUCAUCUACAACUGUAAUGAGGACUUCCAUGUUGGACAGGCCAAGGUUGUGUAUAAAACCAAUGACGACCAUGUGACUGUGGUUGGAGCUGGGGUGACUCUUCAUGAGGCUCUGGCUGCUGCAGAGCAGCUGAGGAAAGAGAGAAUCAACAUCCGUGUGAUUGACCCGUUCACCAUCAAACCGCUGGACUCCAAAACCAUCACUGACAACGGCAGAGCAACCCGAGGACGCAUCGUCACGGUGGAGGACCACUACUAUGAAGGUGGUCUAGGUGAGGCAGUGUGCUCAGCAGUGGUGAACGAGAAUGGCUUCACCAUCCACCGCCUGGCAGUUUCCCAGGUACCACGCAGCGGUAAGCCUCACGAGCUGCUCCGAAUCUUUGGCAUUGACCGUGACGCCAUCGCUCAGGCAGUCCGCAAGGUGCUCAGCAGCUCCGUUAAUGCAAAGUAAGAGCACUGCAGGGGUGUCAGCAGUACCAACAACAUGGUAGAGGACUCAGUGGUAAACUGGGGGGUAUUGCACAAAACCAAGAUAUGGGAUUAAGCUGGGAUUUUCCAGUUAUCCGAGCUGAAUUUAGCCCUGACAUGGCUGCAUGAAAGCAGGUUAAAUUAAGACAAACUAAGUUACUAUGGAGAUAUGUCGACAAAUCCUGGUGCCUUAUAUGUUGUCAGCAGUCAGUCUGAUCAGAAACCAAUGAAUUCAUUUACAGUUAAUCUGUAAGAUGUGAUACUGACUGUAUUCAUGAAGAUCGCAGUACAUAUUAUUUGAAGUUUGAAUUUUAUUGCAGCUGUUAAGGUGACGAGAGACUGAGAAUAAAGCUGCAGAGGCGUCGUCAAUGAAGUCAGUAUAUACUUCUGCCCUUUUUAUAUAUACUAUAUGGUGGAAGUGCCGUCAGUUUAUUUUUGCAGAUACCAAAAUCCUUAAAGUUGACAUGAUAAUCACAUUACUUAUAAUGGUUAUGGUGAGUACAUAAAGACUGUGCUUGCAAUUAUCAAACAAAGUUUGUUCAAGUUUAUUGUUAGCAGAUAAUUUAAAAUGUCAAGUUCAAGGAUUUCUCUUGCCACCUCGAACAUCAGCUUAAAUGGACCUGGAACCGCAUAGAUCUACUUUUAAUUAAAAAAUUUCUUUAAUGAUUUACUUAAAUAGAACACUGAAAUUUAGAAAAUAGUUAACUAUUAAAAAAUAUCAGAGAUCCCUCACCCAAAAUAGGCCUGUGUGCACUACUUGUAAUCUUCAUGGUAUAUUUCCUGAGUAACAUAUGGUUUGUUAAGAACUGAGGUUAGAAUAUGUGUAUUUUAGGUGAAUUAAGGUAUUCAGUCGAUCUGCUACCGCCUGCCACGUUUGUUCUUGCUGUUUUAUUACAGUGUACUGUGUUGAAUUCCCCAUAAGUGUCUACGAAUGGGCAUGCUGCCGGGGUCUGAAAUGUGCUGCACGUGUCUUUGAUGGGCACGCUUGAAAACCCAACCAGCACGGGGCCGUUCAUGCUGGUUGGGCGUGGACACUGGUUAUAUUAACGACACUACUUAACAUGUGACAUGUAUGCAUGGACGAAUGAAACGCAGCUUCUGUGUCAGCAGCAGUGAAUCUGUGAUCGACCUUGUGGUCUGUUGAAGAAAGUUGUGAAUGUGCGUUCAUUCAAAUUACCGGUACUUAGACCUGGCUUGAGCUAGCCGUACCUCCUCAACCUGGCUUUGUGAAACGAAUUAAUCCAGGAUGCACCUAGUAGACUAGGUCAAGCCUCGCUUUGUCUUAUCUUGGAUUUCUUAAUUCUACUUUUGUGCAGUACCCCCCAGGUGAUCAUCACCGACACAACACACAUACAAUUUACCUGCUCACGGUCUCCUCUUUAACUGUCAUUGAUGUGGUUUGACACCCUCACCCCAGAUUAGUAAACACACCACCUCCACCCCCUUAUCUCUUCCUUUGGAGUAAAGUCUUUUUUUAUAUAAUUUUUGUAUGUAAGUCACACCCUGCUUGGUGUGGUCUGUUCAAGCACUGGCUGUUUUUAACCCUUCUGACCCUGACUUGUAUG